CAAGAACUGAAAGAAGUGGAACAAAAAUUGCUUUUCGAUACCCGUUCUCAAAAUCCCAACCUCAGAAAAAGACUAGUACUAAUCUCCUGCUUUGUCAUCAUUCUCAUCUUGUUAUUAUCCAAGCUACAGUAACAGCACUUUCCUUACCAAACCCCAGCUCCAAAACUCAAUAGGGUCCAUGUAAUGUCAGCUCUGUUUGAAGUUUGAACGCUGAGGAAUUCGAAAGCCCACCUACCCCAAUCUCCAGAUCAUCAACUACCGCCCCCAAUUAGGAAUCUGGUGAGAGAAAAGAGGGAUUCUCUUGGGAAGAAAAGAGGGUGAUACAAUAUGGAGGCAGGAGUUUUUUCCAUGGGCUUGCAAUUAGGCCCAUGUAUAAACCCAGAAAAAUUUGCAAGAAAACCGAACAAUUCUUUGCAUUUCUUUCAGAAAUAUGGAGAGCAACCGGUUUGUUGGGCACCUGUUAAAUGUCAUCAGCUAGCCCGAAGUUUCAGAUUUUAUGGACCGAAGGUUUUAAGGGUCUCGAGUUCCGAGAACGGUUCUGCUUCCGUGCUGGAGGCUACUGAGGUUCCAGAUGAAUUAAAGAUAAUGAAGAAAAAAUCGGAAGAAGAGAUCAAACCAUAUUUGCAUGGCAUGAUGGGGUCUGGAAAAACAACAGUUGGCAAGGUUUUGGCAGAAGCCCUUCGAUAUACAUUUUUCGACUGUGACAAAAUGGUAGAGGAGGCUGUUGGUGGAAGAACAGUGUCUGAAAUCUUCAAGUCAUAUGGGGAGAAAUAUUUCAGAGAUAACGAGACUGAAGUAUUGCGUGAAUUGUCUCCACUGCGUGGAUUAGUUAUCUCAACAGGUGGAGGUGCAGUUAUUCGGCCUGUGAAUUGGAAACAUAUGCGAAAGGGUGUUACUGUUUGGCUUGAUGUGCCUUUGGAAGCCUUAGCACACCGAAUCACAGCUAUUGGAACUAAUUCUCGACCCCUUUUGCAUCAUGAAUCUGGGGAUCCUUAUUCCAAGACUAUGAAGCGAUUAUCUGCCCUUUAUGAAGAGAGGGGCGAAGCAUAUGCGAAUGCGGAUGUUAAAGUUUCUCUUCAAAAUCUUGCAACCAAACUUGGAUUUGAGGAUGUAUGCAGUCUUACUCCAACUGCAAUUGUGUUUGAGCAAUGCAAGAGCCCUGCUUAUCUGAAAUCGCAAUGCAAGAGCAGGCUGACAAUUGAA